AUGAUGACUUUCUACAACUGCAUGUUGUUGUUGUCCCUGGUACUGUGUGUCAGUGCCCAGAACUGGUUCACUGAUGCUGGAGCAUUCAUAAGGGAUGCUUAUCGAGGCGCUGGGGAUAUGUGGCGUGCAUACAGCGACAUGCGGGAGGCAAAUUAUAAAAAUGCAGAUAAAUAUUUCCAUGCUCGUGGGAAUUAUGAUGCUGCCCAAAGAGGGCCUGGCGGUAAAUGGGCAGCAGAAGUUAUUAGUGAUGCUAGGGAAGAUUGGCAGGGUGGCAUUAGUGGCAGAGGAGCAGAAGACACACGUCAAGACCAGGAAGCAAAUGCAUGGGGCAGAAGUGGAGGAGACCCAAACCGCUACAGACCAGAGGGCCUUCCCUCAAAAUACUAAUGCAGCCUGUAAUAGUUUACGGUGGUUCCAUUUUUCUACCAGUUGUGCAAAACCACAAUAAAUAAAAUCUUAAAUUUC